CUUUGGGAAUACAAAUCUGGAGUUCUCAUUCCAAAACCGUUGGAGGUCGCGACGUGAUUGGUCCCCCGAUGGAAUUGCUGCUCGUCCAGCUCUGUCCAACGCUCCCCCACGUCGCUCACAGCAUUUUUGUACCUUCCUGUAAAACGAGAUUAUCAAUUAAUACUACAUUCGUCGGAAUAAAUGCUUCGCGAUGGAGCAGCACGGAGGAACGACGAAGAACUGUAAAAUCACAGCCAGCAACGAUCCAGGCGCCAGCAGAUAUGGCAAUUUCAUUAAUUAUUACACGUUUCGUUCCGCUGACGAAAGAGCUCAACAACUUCCGCGUGGCAUCUGGCGGAAUAAGACACCAGAGGCCGUCGCCUCAUCCCCACCGCAACGGAAUCGGUACAUCGCUCUCGACGUCGGCUGCAACGCUGGUGAUUUGACAAUGCUGCUGUUGGAAUUUCUGCGUGAGGCAACAUCGGAAAAUGAGGCUGAGAAGAGCGAAGUCCAUUUGCUCGGGAUCGACAUUGAUUCGACGUUGAUAACGCGAGCCCAGGAGCAAAAUACUUUGCCCGAAUUCGUCAGUUUCGAAUGUCUCGAUUUUAUGGAUUCGAAGGAUCGUGAAAAGUUGAUGAAGAGAUUUUUGUCCAAUUUUUCGAGGGAUCGCUUCGACGUGGUUUUUUGUUUUAGCGUAACGAUGUGGAUCCACGUGAAUCACGGUGACGAAGGACUCGUUAAUUUCCUCGAGGCUGUUUGCUCCCUCGCUGAAAUGGUCGUGGUGGAACCUCAGCCUGGAAAAUGCUACAGGAACGCCUCGAGACGCCUGAGGCGAGCUGGACACGAAGAUUUUCCUUUCAUUAGUUCGAUGAAACUUAACAACGACGUUGAUCAUCACAUCGACAGGAUAAUCCUCGACCGGUGCUCCUUCGAACGUGUCAGCGUCACCAAUCCCAACGAAUGGGGCAGAAAAUUACUGAUUUAUCGAAGAGUUCGAUGACUUUGGAGUCCGUUUUUUAGAUUGCCCACAAACAAUUUAUUUAUUCAAGGGACAUUCAAAGUAAUUACAGUAGCUGACCAUUAUUGCUGGGGAUGGCAAAAGCCAAAAAAUACUGAAUUUUUCGUUUUUUUUGUCUUCUCAUAAAUCAAAGAAUUAUCAAUAUUUUACCGGAGACACAUUUUUCAAUGAAUAUUUGAAACUUCGAAGGAAACGGAAGAAUUUACGAAUUACAAUUCUCAAUAUUCGUGUGAGAAUUUCGACUGGAGCUCGAUCGUUAUUAUUUUCUUGGGUCAAGGCACAAGGCGCUAUAGAACGUUUUAAAAACUAAUUACGAGGCUAAAUUCUCGUCGGGAGCAUUGUAAAAAAGAUAGUAAAUAUUUAUGAAUUUUUAUGUUAUUUCUACCAUUAAAUGCUUCUCAUAUCUCUGUUCAA